AAUGUGCAAAUUCUGAGAAAAAGAGAAAACCUCUUCUUUCGCCUUUACCAUUUUCCUUCUUCUUCUCCGAGAGAGAGAGAGAGAGAGAGAGUCACUGUUUGAAUCUGAUUUUUGUCUCCGUUUCCUUUUUCACACGAAUCUGAUUCCUUUUCAGAUUUUUAUUUUUUGAAAUCGCAACGGGAAGCAACCUCUUCUUCUUCUACGUGUUUAUUAUUAUCCCUCUUCUCUGUCGUGUAGUGACAAUUCGGAUUCUGGAAGCUCCGAUUCACCGUUUUUCCGAUCGAUUACCGGAAGCUACGGAUUCGGAUUGCUGGAUAUCGAAUCGAGUAGACAAUGGCCAAGCGCGGAUAUAAGCUGCAGGAGUUUUUGGCACAUUCUGCAAAUGUGAAUUGCCUGAGUAUCGGAAAGAAGACAUCACGCCUUCUUAUUACUGGCGGUGAUGAUUACAAGGUCAACCUUUGGGCCAUCGGCAAGCCUACUUCUUUAAUGAGUUUAUGUGGACAUACUAGUGAAGUGGAUUCAGUAGCUUUCGACUCGGCUGAAGUUUUGGUCCUUGGUGGAGCUUCUUCGGGUCUGAUCAAGCUCUGGGACUUAGAAGAAGCAAAGAUGGUUCGAGCUUUUACUGGACAUAGAUCCAGUUGUUCUGCUGUUGAGUUUCAUCCCUUUGGUGAAUUUUUGGCAUCGGGAUCAAAUGAUACGAAUCUUAAGAUCUGGGACAUCAGAAAGAAGGGGUGCAUACAGACCUACAAGGGUCAUACUCGUGACAUCAACACUAUCAAAUUUAGUCCCGAUGGUCGUUGGGUUGUGACAGGAGGACUUGACAAUGCUGUAAAGGUAUGGGAUUUGACUGCUGGAAAGCUUAUACAUGAUUUUAAGUUUCAUGAAGGAUCUGUUCGUUCGCUGGACUUCCACCCACUUGAGUUCCUUCUAGCUACUGGUUCGGCUGACAGGACCGUAAAGUUCUGGGAUUUGGAAACGUUUGAAUUGAUUGGAUCUACCCGACCAGAGGAAACUGGAGUUCGUUCAAUCAAAUUUCAUCCGGAUGGGCGAACCCUUUUUUGUGGUUUGGAUGAUGGCUUAAAGGUUUAUUCAUGGGAGCCCGUUGUUUGUCAUGAUAGUGUUGAUAUGGGAUGGUCAACGCUUGGUGACUUAUGCAUCAGCGAAGGGAAGCUCAUGGGUUGUUCUUACUACCAGAACUCCGUAGGGAUUUGGGUCUCUGAUAUAUCACAAAUUGAACCAUAUGGCAUUGGAUCUGCGGAUAAAAAAGAAUGCGUGGAGAAAGUACUCGGCGUUCUGGACGAUCAAUCUUCCGAGAGAGUAAAGAGUGGUUCCAGGCGCAGCUCAUCUCCAGAUUAUGAGAUAAAAGAGAUCAAAAACAUAUACAUCGACUGUGGAAAUUCAACCGUUGCAGAUAAGCCAGGAUCACAAAGUAGUUCUAAAUUCAAUGCAACAUCUACUGGACAAGCAGGGGAUAAGUCUUUCAUUGUGCAUAAUGAUAUUGGGAAAGAUUCGUCUGAUUCGGGAAGGGAAUCUAUCACUUUCUCAAAAACGAAGCCGGGUAUGCUGCUGAGACCAGCUCAUGUAAGAAAAACGCCAACAAAGCAGUCAGGGGCCGUUCAGUCUGGUACUCCGAAGCAAAGCGGAUCAGACGGUGAGAAUAAGCUGGAUCCUAAGAUUGUGCUUAAUUCAGAAGAGAGUGGUAGAAAACCAUUUGAUGUCAAUGAUUCCAUCAUUAAGAGUAUAACCAGCAAGUUUGAAAAAGCUUUAUUUCCAGAAUCACCAACUGAUGAAGCGAAAUCUAUGCAGCUGAAACCGCCUCGCGUGCAGAGAUCACCGAAUACUAAGCACAAUGAGACAAGAUGGGCGGUGUCUGUUGAGUCUGAAAAUUUAAACAGUCACCAAAGUGGUUUAGAGAAAUCAAGAGAAGCAGACUUGCCAAAAGAGCUUGCGGAUGACAGAGGGUGUAACCCGACUGAGGAGGAUGCCAAUGAUGCGAUCAUUUUAAGUAAGCCAGAACGAGUUUUAACACCAGAGAAAGCUGGUGAUGAACAGAAAAGCGUCGAACCCCCUGGAGGUAGCAAAGAAUCAGACUCUGUGAAAGUUGUUAGAGGAGUAAAAGUUGUUUCCGGGAGGACACGGUCAUUGGUUGAGAGAUUUGAGAGAAGAGAAACAAUUACUCCUGCUGAAGAAGAUAAAGCAGCUAGUGCCGCAACAGUUCAGAGCACUAAUGCUGUGGAGGAAGAGGCCAAAUCAGCGUCGAUACCAGCAGUUAGCCCAAUGCCUACCCAUGUUGAGGCCAAAUCAGCGUCGAUACCAGCAGUUAGCCCAAUGCCUACCCAUGUUAUGCCAGUUCAACUUGAGGAGGCAACUAACUUGACCACAGUUGAAGCUCCUGUGGUAUCAACACGACGACCUAGGAGUAUUCCAGCCAGAGUAAUGCCUGUGGUUCUUGGUCGGGACCCAGACAUAACAACUGAUUGGCCUUCUGUAACAUUGACACGACCUGAUAGGACUUCGGCUACUAAUUUGACAUCUGAUGAGUCUCCUGUAACAUCAACACGACAAGCUAGGUCUUCUCCCCCGGUUUUGCCUGUGGCACCCAAUCAGACAACAAAAAUGAAAUCGGAUGACCCUCCUGUAACAUCAACACGGCCUGGUAGGAGUUCGCCUGCUAAUUUGACAUCUGAUGAGUCUCCUGUAACAUCAACACGACAAGCUAGGUUUUCUCCACCUCCGGUUAUGCCUGUGGCACCCAAUCAGACAACAAAAAUGAAAUCGGAUGACCCUCCUGUAACAUCAACACGGUCUGGUAGGAGUUCGGCUGGUAAUUUGACAUCUGAUGAGUCUCCUGUAACACCAACACGACAAGCGACUUCUCCAGCCCCUAUGAUACCCAAUCGGAGUCGGUCAACUAACAUGAAACCUGAUGAGCCUCAUGUAAUACCAAGAAGACCACUGAGGAGUUCUUCAACGCGUGUAAGGCCUGUGAUGCUCAAUCAAACAACUAACACGCAUGAUGAGCGUCCUUUACAAUCAACACGAUCAGCUAGGACUUCACCAGCCCGUGUAAUACCUAUGAAACUCAAUGAAGCAGAUUAUAUCCCAUCUUAUGAGCCUCCAGUUGCAUUAACACGGUCAGCUAGGAACUCUCCCGUUCGUGUAAUUCCUGCUAAAAUCAAUCAAGCAAAUAAUGUGACAUCUGAUGCAUCACAUAUAAGAUCCAGGCAUCGAUUUAGCCCAACUCAAACGCUGGCAACACCUUCGGUACUGGAUCAGGUGGCUGAUAUGGCACUGGAUGAAGCACAUACAACACAAACUCAACCAGAUUACGAUAUCUCGACCCAGAAGGAAGAGCCUCAGAUAUCUGAGAGGGAGAGUCAAGGUGACAUCAGUGAGACAUUAAUGCAAACUCAUAAUGAGGUCUUAAACACUCUUCAAUCAAGGUUGACAAAAUUACAGAUUGUAAGACAUUUUUGGGAGCGUAGCGAUAUUAAAGGCGCAAUCAUGGCCUUGAAAAAGCUGUCAGAUCACUCGGUUCAAGCAGAUGUGAUAAGUAUUCUAACAGACAAACCAGAGAUUCUUACGCUGGAUCUGUUUUCGCAAUUAGCACCUGUCCUGACAGGCUUAUUGGGGAGCCGGACUGAAAGGCCUGUAAGUGUCUCCUUGGAAAUGCUCUUGAAGCUAGUAGCAGUGUUCGGUACAGUUGUACAAUCAAAUGUUUCAGCAAGACGAAGUGUUGGUGUUGAUCUUCAUGCAGAAGAAAGACUACAGAUCUGCCAAAGUUGUUCAGCGGAAUUGCAGAAGGUUCAAAAGAUCCUUCCACUACUCACCAGAAGAGGAGGUCUCAUAGCUAGAAAGGCUCAAGAACUAAACUUAGUUCUUCAGACACCAUAACUCCAGGUUCAGAUUCAAGACCACUCAGAAUCAUUCUGAAACAGUGUUCAUCUCCAUCAAUCUGUAUGUUAUCAAGAACUCGGUCUCCAUGUUCCUUCCAGCGAUUUGGCAUCCGUUGCUUUGAAGAUUCGUUGAGAAGUCGCAGUUUCUUGUGGCAGAAUUUUGCUAUAGAAUCGCCCUCCCCGGAGAAUAUCUCCCCUCUAAAAAUUCAGUAUAUGCUGUAAAUCGAUCUGUGUCUGGGAUUAUACUUGUAGUGCUUCAGUUUCUUGAUUCAGUAAAUCACGUGUUACAAUGUUUCUCGCUCUCUCCAUGUGGACUUAAUGAGAAGAGAUUUCGGUAUACGAAUAUUUCCUUUUCAUUUGGCAAUCUACUUUAGGUCCCCUGA